AUGGCGACAACACCACCGCCGCCUUCCACGCUACGGAUUCCUCCCACCCCCCGACACGGUGCCAAAUAUGAUCAAUAUGAGCCCUAUUCUACGCGUUUUUCGUCCAGACUAGCCAGUCAACGUGCUUCCAGAGAGUCUCAGACCACGCCGCCGCCUAGUUUUCCGCCUGCGCGCGCAAGCUCAAAGCUUCCGAAGAAGCAAAACGCCCGGGAAUCAGCAACAUUGUCACCACCAGGCUCUAUCCAAAGUUCUCCUCGGAAGCAAAAAUCGGGCCGGCUCACUGGAACACAUUCACUACCACACUCCACUCUGGACGACUCCGACCCUUUCAACACCGAGCCUUCCCACACUCGUCCCCCACAAUUUCUCCGACCCACACUCACUGAAGGGAUGCUGCCCACACCAGCAAAAACGCCACGGAAGAAGGCAGUCGCAGAUGUUGGGAAUACCGCCAGAGUUCUCUUUCCUCCGCCUCCCAGCUCUAGCUCACGGAAGAAGCCUAAGAAACAUACUGGGUUUUCUCUAGAUAGCUUCACUGAGGAUUUCGGCCAAAGCGGAACAGAGAUCAAGAUCUACACCGAUUCUCGCGAUCGUGUCCCAGAGUUGGAUAAGAGUGAAGGAAACCCGUUCUACAAGAAGCCCAGUAGUAACACAGGCACUCGCUCUUCCCGACGCAAAGAGAUGAUCCGUGAUAAGGAAGUCGAGGAGUCAGUCAGGCGUGAAGAUGGCAUGGUCUACGUAUUCCGUGGCAAGAAAAUGUUCCGCAAGUUCACCGAUGACGUUGACAGCUGUGGCGAGGACGAAGACGAUGAUGACCUGGGCUUGCUGGCGGCUCGUCCAGAUCUUAUCGAUGAAUCUGUGACCGCGAAGCUUCGACCUCUCACUCGCUCAUCAAUCAAACCCCGCGUGCUCUUCCGUUCUGCGGCUUCUGAUGCACAGCAGGAUGGCACGGGCGAAGCGGACGAAGAAGCAGCUACAGAUAUUGAGGAUCAACUACUUGACGUUGAGGCUGAAGAGACAGACAAUACCGACCUCGAUCUCGACAUGCUGCAGAGGUCUGUCACACCUCCCCGGACUACCACAGCGUCCCCUUCAUCUCCCGGUGGCACAGUACGCUCCCUGAGCUCUCGAAUCAAGCGAGAUAGCACAGAGAAGAGCGAAACCCCGUCUGCCUCGGGCUCCGGAAUUAAGAAGAAGCGCGUUAGUCCCUUCGACGGCUGGCUUCGAAGCAAGCAGGCUCCCCCCGUGAUCGGUACCAAGGCCAAGAAGCGUGACGCGGACGCUGCUGCCAGUCCUGGUCCCGUUCCGAAGAAGACCCGCGGCAAUCGCGCAACUACGUCGAUAUCAUGA